UCUUUCUUUUCACAUGCAUACAAACAAGAGACAUUGAGAACAACACCCACCAAAACCAUCCUCUCCCCUCCCCAACAAAGGAAUGACCUUUUAUCUGUUCCUCCACAACCGAGCACAUCCUUCCACUCUCACCAUCACCACCAUUAAAUUUAGAUCAUUAUAUCGAAAACCCACACUGCAAAACAUCGAGAAAGAUUAAGUGGGAGGGAGAGGAGAUUGGUUUGGUUUAGGGGCUAGUGUGUUUGAGAGAUGUGGGAUGCUUCAGGCAUUGAUGAAUCUGUUUUCGUUAUGUCUUAAGCCAUUUGGGCAUGGUAGAAGUAGUAGUAACAGUGAUUCAAAGCUUGAGUCAUUUGUCGGUGUUAGCAAAGAAGGGAAAGAUGGUUUGCUUUGGUAUAGAGACGUUGGAAGAUACUGGUCUGGUGAAUUUUCAAUGGCUGUUGUUCAAGCUAAUCAAGUAAUUGAAGACCAAAGCCAGAUUGAGUCUGGACCUUUUGGAACUUUUGUUGGUGUUUAUGAUGGUCACGGUGGACCUGAAGCUGCACGUUUUGUCUGUGAUCACUUGUUCAGGCACUUUCAAGCCAUUUCAGCAGAGACACAUGGUGUUGUGACAAGCGAGACCAUCCAAAGAGCUUUCUGUGCAACAGAGGAAGGGUUUACCAAUCUCGUGUCAGAGUUAUGGAGCAGUCGUCCCCAAAUGGCAACAGUUGGAUCAUGCUGUUUAGUUGGAGUGAUAUAUCAGCAGACCCUCUUUGUAGCAAACCUGGGAGAUUCCCGUGUUGUACUGGGCAAGAAAGUCGGCAACACUGGAGGUAUUGCUGCAAUACAAUUAUCAACUGAGCAUAAUGCAAACCUUGAGGUCAUCAGGCAUGAACUCAAGAACUUACAUCCUAAUGAUCCCCAGAUUGUUGUUCUUAAGCAUGGAGUUUGGAGAGUAAAGGGGAUUAUUCAGGUUUCUAGAUCCAUAGGGGAUGUGUAUAUGAAACAUGCACGAUUCAACAGGGAACCAAUUAAUGCCAAGUUCAGACUUCCUGAACCAAUGGACAAGUCAAUCUUGAGUGCCAAUCCAACAAUCAUUUCACAUCCUCUCCAUCCAAAUGAUUCGUUCCUUGUAUUUGCAUCUGAUGGUCUUUGGGAACACUUGAGUAAUGAAAAAGUAGUGGAUAUUGUCCACAGUAAUCCAUGUGCAGGAAGUGCCAAGAGGCUUGUCAAGGCCGCCUUACAAGAAGCGGCUAGAAAAAGAGAAAUGAGAUAUUCAGAUCUACAGAAGAUUGACAAGAAGGUUCGACGACACUUUCAUGACGAUAUAACUGUAAUUGUUUUAUUCUUAAACCAUGAUCUUAUAUCCAAAUCCAAAAGCGCUGUGCAAACACCGCCGGUUUCCAUCCGAAGCGCUAAUUAAUCACCCGUUGGCAUAUUUCUGCUGCCUUAUCAUGGACACACGCAAAAGCAUCCUAGCGGAUCAAGACACAUAUCAAGGCUACAGAGCUGCACUGACAAAGCGGUCGCGGUACCUGAGUGGGAAUUCCAAGAUUUAAUUAAGAGCUUUAGAAUUUGUAAAAAUGUUGUUUGUCAGGCAAAUAAAUAGAUUGCUGCUAAGUCCGUGGAUACCCUGAUUAUAUUUUUACUUAAAAUGUGUUUUGCAUUAUUUUCAAUAAUCUAUUUGCAUGUCAGACAUAUAUAUCAAAUGUUAUAAAUAGGGUCUGGAAA